AUGAUGAAAAACAAGACAAUAACAACCUUCAUUCUGCUGGGACUGACGGAUGAUCCUCAGCUUCAGGCUCCAGUGUUUGUGUUUCUCUUUCUCACUUACAUACUGAGUGUAACUGGGAAUCUGACCAUCCUAUUCCUCACCUUAUUAGAUUCCCACCUGAAGACACCCAUGUACUUUUUCUUACAGAAUUUUGCUUUAUUAGAAAUUUUGUUUACAUCUGCUUGUAUUCCUAGAUAUUUAUACAACAUAGCAACAGGUGACAGGUCAAUUACUUACAAUGUUUGUGUCAUUCAAGUGUUCUUUAUUGAUGUGUUUGGAGUAACUGAAUUUUUUCUCCUGGCCACCAUGUCCUAUGACCGCUACGUGGCCAUCUGCAAACCCCUGCACUACGUGACAAUCAUGAGCUACAAAGUCUGUGGAAAGCUUGUCUUCUGCUGCUGGACAGUUGGUGUGUUGAUCAUACUCCCACCACUGAUCAUGAUACUAGGUCUACAAUUCUGUGACUCGAAUGUCAUUGAUUAUUUCUUCUGUGAUUCAUCCCCUAUCAUGAAGAUUUCAUGCUCAGACACAUGGCUUUUGGAACAGAUGGUAAUGACCUGUGCUGUGUUAGCCUUCAUCACCACCCUCCUGUGUGUGGUUCUGUCCUAUGUAUACAUCAUCAAGACCAUUCUGAGAUUCCCUUCUGCCCAGCAAAGGAAAAGGGCCUUUUCCACCUGCUCUUCUCACAUGAUUGUGGUUUCCAUCACCUAUGGAAGCUGCAUCUUCAUCUACGUCAAACCUUCAGCAAAAGAAUCUGUAGCUAUCAACAAGGGGGUGACAGUGCUGAUGACGUCCAUUGCUCCCAUGUUGAACCCAUUCAUUUACACUCUGAGAAACCAGCAAGUGAGACAAGCGUUCAAGGAUGCAUUCAAAAGAACUGCAUUACCCUCAAAGAAGUAA